AUCAGCCGCUUGCCGCCACCAAGCUCCGCCGCCUGCGACUCUCUUUCCUCUGGAAUUAUCCUUCCUCCGCCGUUACUUAACUUUCGCCUGCUUGCCGUCUGUUCUCAUAACUCAGAAACAACAUUUGAAGGUUCUCAAUAGGUACCGCCCUCUGUAACGAAGUGGCACUGGGUGCACUAGUUGAAAGAUGGCUAGAUGGGAUCAAAUUCUUUCUCUUCCUGUUCAGAACCCCCCGACUUUGGAGUUUUCUUCUGCUGAACUUGUGUGGUCUAAGGUAGAAGGUUGGCGCGAUAACAUAGACAGAGUUGCUCUCAUUCCGUUUGCUAGAGUAGAUGACUUUGUUAGAGGGGAAUCUGCUAAUAAAGAAUGUCCAACAAGAUUCCAUGUUGAAGCUCGGAGACGUCGGCCUGCAGAGAUAACUUACAAGCCUAAAGUUGAUGGCAUCCUUGAAUAUAUUCUGUACUGGUGCUCCUUUGGUCCUGAUGAUCAUAGAAAGGGUGGAAUCGUGCGACCAAGUAGAACGACGUACGUCCCUAAGAAAAAACCUGCUGGUCGACCUAAUACAAAGAGGGGGUGCACAUGCCAUUUUAUUGUCAAACGCUUAAUUGCUGAACCAUCUGUAGCACUUAUCAUAUAUAACCAAGAUAAGCACAUAGAUAAGAACGGAUUACCAUGCCAUGGCCCACAGGACAAAAAGGCUGCUGGAACACGUGCCAUGUAUGCUCCAUACAUCUCAGAGGAUCUUCGCCUCCGUGUUUUGUCUCUGCUCUAUGUUGGAGUGUCUGUGGAAACAAUCAUGCAGAGGCACAAUGAAUCAGUGGAGAGACAAGGAGGUCCAUGCAACCGAGAUGACCUUUUAACUCACAGGUAUGUUCGGAGACAAGAGAGGAGCAUAAGGCGCUCUACUUAUGAACUUGACUCCGAUGAUGCAGUCAGCAUUAGCAUGUGGGUUGAAAGUCACCAGAAUCAUGUGUUCUUUUAUGAGAAUUUCUCUGAUUCCGAUCCGUUUGUCUUGGGCAUUCAAACAGAAUGGCAGUUGCAACAGCUGAUUCGGUUUGGAAACCAUGGCCUUCUAGCCUCUGAUUCAAAGUUUGGAACUAAUAAACUAAAGUAUCCUAUUCACAGUCUUGUUGUGUUCAACUCAGACAACAAGGCUAUACCGGUGGCAUGGAUAAUAGCACCUAGAUUUUCAAGUGGAGAUACACUUAGGUGGAUGAGGGCCCUAUAUAACAGAGUUCAUAUGAAAGAUCCUAAGUGGAAGUUGGCUGGAUUCAUUGUGGAUGAUCCUUCAGCUGAUGUCCCUGCAAUCAGGGAAGUGUUUCAGUGCUCUGUAUUGAUAUGCUUUUGGCGGGUUCGUCAUGCAUGGCAUAAGAACUUGAUUAAGAAAUGCUCAGAAAUGGAGACCUGUGCUGCAAUUGCAAAGUGGCUAGGCCAGGCUGUGCAUCACAUCUGCAAAGGGGAUGGAACUGCUGUUUUGUUUGAAGAAUUUAUGGAAGAUUUCGUGGAUGCUGCAGACUUUAUGGACUAUUUCAAGGCCACAUGGUACCCAAGACUAGGGCUCUGGACUAGUGCAUUGAGAACUCUUCCUCUUGCCAGCCAGGAGACAUGCUCGGCGAUGGAGUACUAUCACAACCAAUUGAAGCUUAGGUUAUUGAAUGAGAAGGAAUUAAGUGUAUAUGAACGUGCUGAUUGGCUUGUAGAUAAGCUAGAUACCACAGUGCAUUCUUACUUCUGGCUUGAUGAGUACUCAGGGAAGGAUGAGUUUGCACGUUACUGGAAGAAUGAAUGGAUGAGUGGCUUAACAGCUUGGCAGAAAUCUUUGCAGAUUCCAGAUUCUGAUGUGUUAGUUGAGGGUGACUAUUCAAACGUAGUUGAUCAGGAAGAUCGGCAUCAACUGCAUGUUGUUCGGAGUCCAGCUUCAGAGUAUGCAAUUUGUGAUUGUAAUUGGGCAAAAAUGGGAAACUUAUGUGAACAUACUCUCAAAAGCAUUAAAUAUCUCCGUGACAAAGGGUCUAUUACUCCAUCCACCAGUAUGUUCCAAUAUAUGCAGGCUCUGGUCGAUAUGUUACGGUGCCCACCUUAUGAUUCUUUGAUUCGUGAUCAUGCACUUUCUCUAGCAGUCUGGGUGCAGACGCAGUUGGAUGCUCAACUUGGUCCUGGAAGUGGCCAGUUCAUGCGACAAGGACUUCAGCUGACUGCUGCCACACCUGGUCACUACACAGAAGUGGUGAAUGCGAGCAAUAGAACAGACACAUUACCCUAUGUGGUAGGUGGUCUGACUGAGCUCCAGCAUUCGAGUUCUGCCGCUGAUAAUUUGAGUGGUGGCCAGAUUGACCAGGACGGCACUUGUGCAGACAGAGUACCUGCUGUGGAAAAUUCUCCUGUUGAGAUGGAAACCAGCCCAUUAUCCAUCUCCGCUUGUGCGACUCAAUUGUUUUCCCUUGAUGGGGUCACAUCAGCUGAUGUGUUUGCUGAGAAUGGAGGUGUCAUGGUUGGUGAGGAGCUGGAUACGACGAAGAAUCUUCCUUCUACAGACACAUCAUUUGCAAAUUCAAACGGUUUUGAAGAUGAUGUCUUGAACAAAGCUGACUGUGCAACUAUGGUGGAUGAGCAACCACAGCCUCUCUAUGUAGCUCCAGCUGAGAAGUCUCUAGAUCAAUGCUUGAGGAACCAGCAGAAUGACCUAUGCUGCAACUCUAUAGAGCCAGAAAUUAGUCCUAGAUUACAGAAUGUUGACAACAGAAUCGAUAAUGCAAUUUCAUCCACAACCAAGCCAGUAGAAUCCUCUCUGGUCAAUAUGGUUGAAGCCUCUGAAGUUGAAAAGCACAUGAGGAUAGAUUCCAUUGAUGAAAAUGCUGGUAUAACGAGUGUCCUAACCGCUUAAAGACAGAUGUCAAAUGUUGGUCCUGGGGCUCUGCGUGCUCCUGCCCACCCCACCACCAGCAACCCCAACGUCAAAGUUGGUUGAUCAAGAGUUGGUUGAAUAACUUAAAACCUCCGAAGGAAUUGAAUAAAAUGGGAAGAACACAUUUUGACGAAUAAUGAUGUAAGCAAGAACAAUGGCCUGAAUUUUGCCACCGGAGUCCACCUAUUAGAAGGUAUAACUGCUGAGCUGGUUUAUCUUCUCAAGAACAGUAGGGCAGCUGACAAUGUGACAGAUUUGUGUCCACAUUCUGCUAGGGGAGACUCUCCACCAUUGUAGCAACCUCUUGUGUAGCUUGGAACCAAUUGAACAUCUUCUGAUUACGACCCUUGCUUUCUUAGAUCACAAUAGCUUGAUCUGUAGAUUGAGAUAUGGCGGAUGAAGUGAAAAGGGGCAUAUAACUUCCAAAAGUGACAAGGAUAUUACAAAAUGUUCUUUUGGGGCAGGCUACGCAUGACUUGCUUAUAGGAUAUUUAUGAAUAUGUAGUGCUUCCUACUGUUCAUGGUUCCUAGAUACUUGGGGCAACUCCCAGUGUUCUUCACUCCUCUGUAUAUCCAUAUGAAAGCAACUAACUCUCAGAAUUUAUUUUGUAUCUUGAGUUUCACUGUAUAUUCGCAUGCAUCUUAUCUCAUAAGUUGCACUUAAGCUCUGUACAUUGCCUCAAACACCUCUAUUCUUGGGUCUGGUCCUAAAAUCAAUGAAAAGAAUGUGCAUUAUUGUUGUUUCGCUUUGAUA